CCAAACUAGCCGUAAACCCACCGUCAUUACCGUACCAACAUACGAAGAAGUUGAGGCCAAUGUACCAAAGUCAUUAUACAUAUCUCCACUUCCAAGACCUUUAAAGCCAAUUCCUCCACCUGAGCCAAUUCCCGGUGCUACAGUACUUCUUCGAGCUUGUGCUGCACGAUUGGAUAAAGAACGAUGGCAUAGCUCAUCUAAUCCAAAGUCUGCACCCACCUGGGAAAAAUAUAUUAGGUUGCAUAAUCAUUCAACCGGUAGUGUUAUGCGCUCUUCUAUUCGUCGAAAUACGGGUAACUUAGUAAAGAAAAGGAUUACCACACUGCAGACAUUUGACAAUACAGAUAAAACUACAGAUAAAACAGUGCCAAAUUUUAAAAGGGUAUUUAUUAGAAGGUGGUUUGAUAAAGACAAACAAAAUGAUAAUGAUGAGGACUCUAUCGACGGGAAUGACGAUGAAUGCUUUAUUGAACCAAACGAAAAGUAUCCUAAUGACACAAAUGAUUUCGAUCAUCCAGUCGAAUUAGAUAAAGAAUACCCUAACGACAUAAAUGAUUUUGGUCAUCCUAUUGAAUUAGAUGAAGAAAAUCCUAAUGACACUAGCGACUUCGAUCGUCCUAUUGAAGUGGACGAAAACGGGUUUACGAAUAACACUUCAAUAAUACAAAAAAAUAAUGAUAUACGCGUGGAUGAUUUUUCAGACCACACCGAUUUUAGGGAUAAACCCUAUAGUAAUUCUUUGCAAGAAAUUCAAGAAGAGAAUGAUUAUUGUGAUGAACAUUUUGACAGAAGCUCCAGAGAUGGAGAUGAACUACCAAAUAAACGCAAAAGAUUAAUAUAUGAAACAAGUAAUACAGUGAUUCCAAAUAGCUGUGACGACAACGUCGAAUCAAUUGAACAAAUAAACGACGCAGAACACGAAAUCAUCCGGUUAAGAAAGAGAAG